AGAAGCGGCUCCGCUUUUUCGUCCGCGUCCGGCGGCCGCUUUUGCCGCGCGGGGCCAUGGCCGAGGCUCCCCUGAUGCUCCUGAUGCUCCUCUUCGCCGGCCGCGGAGCCUCCGCCGGCCGUUUUCUGGGUAACGCCGAGACACGCGUCAAGCCCGCGCUCGUGUGAAUGCCCCGGGAGCCGAGACGCGCGUCAUGCGCCAAAAAAGAGCGCGCGAGGAAGACAGUACAUCUGAACCUUCUUUUAUUGCUAAAAGUGAAGACCGCUUAUUUAAAUAUUUAUUUGAAGACUAUGAACGAUGGGUUCGUCCAGUCGAGCAUUUGAAUGAUACCAUCAAAGUGAAAUUUGGUCUUGCAAUUUCCCUGUUGGUGGAUGUGGAUGAGAAAAACCAAUUGAUGACCACAAAUGUUUGGCUGAAGCAGGAAUGGGUUGAUGUAAAGCUGAAGUGGGAUCCCGAGGACUAUGCCGGAAUAACAUCUAUCCGUGUCCCUUCAGCUUCCCUAUGGAUUCCAGACAUUGUUCUAUAUGAUAAUGCAGACGGUCAUUUUGAAGGGACGUCUACGAAGGCCAUAGUGAAGCACGAUGGCACCAUUGUUUGGACCCCACCUGCAAACUAUAAAAGCUCUUGCACCAUUGACGUCACUUAUUUUCCAUUUGACCUCCAGAACUGCUCCAUGAAGUUUGGCUCGUGGACAUACGAUGGUUCUCAGGUGGAUAUAAUCCUUGUGGAUGAAGAAGUAGACAAAAGAGAUUUCUUUGAUAACGGAGAAUGGGAAAUAGUAACAGCAACGGGUAUCAGAAGGAACAGAACUGAUGGAAGCUGCUGGUACCCCUUUAUUACCUACUCGUUCAUCAUUAGGCGCUUGCCUCUCUUUUACACGCUCUUCCUCAUUAUUCCAUGCAUAGGGCUGUCUUUCUUAACCAUCCUCGUCUUCUACCUUCCCGCCUACGAAGGUGAGAAGAUCUCUCUCUGCACUUCCGUUCUGGUCUCGCUCACCGUCUUCCUUCUAGUCAUAGAAGAAAUUAUUCCCUCAUCUUCUAAAGUCAUACCUCUGAUUGGCGAAUACUUGGUCUUCACCAUGAUUUUUGUGACCUUAUCUAUAGUCAUCACUGUCUUUGCUAUUAACGUUCAUCACCGGUCCUCGUCGACGCACAGCGCGAUGGCGCCGUGGGUCCGCAAAAUAUUUCUCCACAAGCUCCCCAGACUGCUUUGUAUGAGAAGCCACGUCGAUAGGUACUCGGUACCAAAAGAAGAAGAGGCCACGGGCACCCAGGGAUCCGAGGAAUCUAGGAAUACCUUGGAAGCAGCCUUAAAUUCUGUCCGGUAUAUUAUAAGACACAUUGUCAAAGAGAAUGAAGUACAUGAGGUUGUGGAUGACUGGAAAUUUAUAGCGCAGGUGCUGGAUCGUGUGUUCCUAUGGCUGUUCUUUCUGGUUGCAGUUACUGGAUCCCUGGCCCUGUUUCUUCCUGUAAUUCAUAAAUGGGCAAGCAAAACAGUACCAAUCCAUGCUGGGAUUGUGAAUAAAUAAGUGUGUGAGCAGGGGCAGAAUUCUAGCAGUGUUUCUAGGUAUGCUAAUUCCUAGAUGUGUUUAAGUUCUUUCUAAACUAAUAAUGAAAUGUCUGAGAAUGCAAUUGGGAGGGGAAAAUUCAUGGGGAUAUUUAACCAGAAAAAUUGUAAGAUGGAUUCCCCCCGCCCUCCUCUUAAUUAUAGCCUAUCUGGAUGCCAUCAGUAUUCUAAUAUUAUUUGCAGAUUAUUAUAGAAAAAAGUAUUAACAUGACACUUUAACAUUUAAGGUGUCUAAUAUGCCCAUCAUUGAAACUGCUGCAGCAAUGGAUGAGAAGUUUUGUCAGGGGUCAGAUGCCCGGGCAGUUGGUUCUUCUGGAUCCGGAGACAAUGAGCACACCAACAAAUAAAGAGAUUUUUUUUAAAGUUUUAUUAUUAAGCAAACAAAUUUAAAAACACAGCAAAAAAAGCACAUCUACCAAGCAAGACGGUACCGAAAUCUCUUGCAAGCUGUCAGGACCUUCUUAAUAACAAUAGCACAGAUGUUCCAGUGCCAGGUUCUCCGCAGAAGCUCCCAACUUAAAAGCCAGUAUUAGGGUUUUUAUUAAAAGUUGGCACCAUGAUUUCCAUGGCUCUUGUUUCUAUAGUCACAAGGCUGCAAAACCUGACCUUGGCUAGGUGGCCCAUCACUCGAAACACAGAGGUUUUCACAGAUUAAAAAAAAAAAAAAGCUUUGCACUAUGUGAAGAUUCCACAGCCCCUCUUCGCCUUUAUGCAAUAAACAAAAGCUUUUUUUUUUAAAGCACAUUAGCUCAGAAUGAACUCUGAAGGUCUACACCAGGGGUUAGAAAAGUCUAAGGGGUGUCCAAGCUUGGCAACUUUAUGACUGAACUUCAAUUCCCGGAAUUCCCCAUCCAGCUGGCUGGGGAAUUCUGGGAGUUGAAGUCCAUGGGUCUUAAAUUUGGCAAGGUUGGACACCCCUUAGACUUUUCUUAAUGUGAAGGAAUCUCUUCUUGAAUCUCUUAACACCUUACAAAAUUAACCACAAAUCUCCAUCUUAUGCGUAUACUAUUAUGUGUUCUUUCCAUAUACCUUUAUUGCUGCUAUCCAUGUAUUUUAUGCCGUAUGCUAAAUAAAUGAAUGUGAAGGAGAAAUCAAAAUAUGCCACUAAAACUCCUCAAAACACAACGGUCUUCCGCAUUGGCAUUACCAAGGAAUACAGAAGGUUUUAGAUAUAUAUUUUUUUAGUCCGUUCAUGUGACGUGUGAGUAAUCGUAGCAGAUGAGGGUUCUUCAUCUCUCACUCUUAGCAUUUGAUUCCCAAACUGUCACUCAGAAUUAAGCUCAGUUUGCCAAGGAACAAGUGGGAAGGUUGAAAAGUGUAAGGCAAAGAAAGUUGUAAAAUAUGCAAGUGCUCCAUGGAGCGUUUUGGACUUCCUAAUGCAAUUUCCCUUCUAAAUCCAAUUUUUAUUGUGCUGUGAUAACACAAUAACAGCGAGGACAAUUAACCAGUGGAACAGUUUGCCUCCAGAAGUUGUGGGUCCUUCAUCACUGGAGGUUUUUAAGAAGAGACUGGAGGAUCUUUUGCCUGAAAUAGGAUCGCCUCCUUGAGCAGGGGGCUGGACUAGAAGACCUCCAAGGUCCCUCCCAGCUUGAUUCUGAUUCUGAUUUUAACCAAAGCAAAGACACCCUCCAAUCCUGCUCAACUCUCAUGCAGUUUUCUUCAUAGCCUUACAAAAGCAAUUCGUUAUUCCUUUCUUAGAAGAUUUUAUUUGACUUCACAGUCUAAUCCACUUGCUGAAAAAGAUGUGUUGAUUGUAGAAGUUGCACAUGAAGUAUCUGGGGCGUGCUCCUUUAUGCGUUUUUAUUAAGCACAAAUACCCUCCAUGUUCUGUGAAGAAAAUCUGUGCUAUAUAAGUAGCCCUCGAAUUAAAAUCAACAGUCAAAUCAUGGAAUGAAAAAUAUGCUACAACAAAGGUAACUAGAGACAGUAGAUAUUAUUUUAAUAUCGUCUAAACACACUUUUAGAAAGAUAGUAGACAGUUGGAAAUCUUUUGUGUCAAUUACACAAUAGAUCAGAAAUGAACGUUUGCAGUGAUAUGAGCUGGAGUACUUCAUCGUUCUAGUUGUAUUUUGUGUAUUGCUGGGAAUUUUUAAAUAUUUUUUAAAAAAUCAGAUUUAUUUUUAGAUUUUAGAAGUGUACUGAAUGCACUUUAAGGGUGAUAAUUAUAGAAAAUAAAUUAAACUUUGCAUUUGAUACUUGCUGUUUGUUAUUAAGUUUGUAAAUUCAAGGGGAAUUUUUAAAUUACAUUAUAUUUCAUUAGGAAACCAUCAUUUGGAAAGUGGGUUAAUUAAAGAUUCCUUAAUAUUUAUCUGCAUUGCUUAGGGGGUUUCGUCUCUUCCUCUCACCCUUUUUAAUCUAAGUAGCUGAGAUUUGUUGCCUUUAGUGGAAAAACCAUUCCUGGUCUUUUCAUUUGAUUUAGCUUCCUUGAGACCAGAAGCUGAAAACCAGUGCUUACUAUCAUCUUAUUUUCAUUUGUCUGCUGCAAUAUCCCAUGUUAAUAAACAAUUCUCCAAAUCCUUAUAAAUGUUCCCUUUUCCUUUUAAUCUACU